CAUGAUGCCAACAAACAAAUCAUUUUUUCUGCAAUAAGAAAGUAUUAGUGAAGUUUUAUGGUGACAACAACCCCCUAAAUGAUGGGACAAGUACUUAAUGGCCUGCUACCUUGUAGUAUUGUAUUACGCAGCGUGCCAUACAGAGUGUACUAUGCCAUGCAGUGAAACCUUGUAAUAUUAGUGUCAGGUACCUUGAAUUCUGAAUAUUAUGAAAUUGCUUUUACAUUCUGACAUUCACAUAUUAGCUUACAAAUAACAUGCACUUCUAAAAUGUUUUGUAACAUUUUUGCACAAUGCAAUAUCCAAACAAUGUUAUAGAUAAUUUAUUUUAGUUUACAAGCAGUGGGCAUUGAUCUGCACACUAUGCAUGCAAUGGCAGGGCUAUUAUUAGUGACCCAAGGACCUGAAAGAUCCUUUUCUACAGCUGUGUACUAUGAAUCGGAACAUUUUUUUCCUGAGAUACUUUGGAUGACAACAGAACACAUUUAUAUUAAUAUUUACUCUGGUUUUUAACUAAAUCCAACAAGGUCCUUAUUAACUACAGGCAUUGUAAUAAUCAUGGUAGGUUUUAGGUUACUGUACAAACUGGACAUUAAAGCUUAAUAUUCUGUCAUUUUAGUUUGAUCGGGCUUUUCUAUCAGGCCACACUGAUGAUGAGUGAAACAUUCAAGACAGUCACAAACUAAAUUGAAAGUGCAGGGUAUUGUAUCACUGUUUUUAUAAUCACUCUGAGGUAUGGUCUCUAAGCAAUAAAAAGCAAGCAAGAAGAGUGCUCAUUUUAAAAUGGAAGUUUGAUUAGCUGUCACAAACUUCGUUUACAUUUUUUUGGGUCCCACUUCAAAUGAAUAACAAAUGCUUAACUACUUGUGCAAGCACUACAUAGCACAAAUCUUUCAUUAGCAAAUUCAUACUACAUGAAGGUUGAUAUAAACGGUCUUUAAUUCAUACUACAUGAAGUGUGAUUUAAAACAGUAUUUAAUUCACAUUACAUUCAUUUUGUUAUUUUACCUUUAUUUAACUAGGCAAGUAAGUUAAGAACAAAUUCUUAUUUACAAUGACGGCCAAUCCCGGACGAUGCUGGGCCAAUUGUGCGCCGCCCAAUGGGACUCCCCAAUCAUGUGAAGGGUGAUUUAAAUGUUAUUUAAUUCAUACUGAAGGGUGAUAUAAACAGUCUUUACAUCUUGUGCAUGCUAAAUUAAGAAUAACUCUUUUCCACCCUUCAUAUAAAAUGGCAUAUUCUCAUGAAAGAGUUCUGAAGAAUCUACAUAGAUAGUCCUUAGGGUAAAUGGCUUGUGAAAGCUUCAAUAUGCUGUUUCAUUUAAAGUGGGACUCUUUUUUCAUGUUCAAGGAUGGGUUUGAACACCUUUUUUUUUUACAUCUACACUGAAGUCCGUCAGUGACCUCCCAUCUUCUCCUGUGAUUGUGUAAAGGGAUGUAAGAUUUGGUGUGAUGUAAAAGUGUUGACUACUGAGUGUGGCCAUAAAGUGCUGGUAUAAAGUAAGUCCACAGCUGUAAGAGCAAAGUAUCUUAUAAUGACAUGUAAUGAUAGGAGUUAAAUGUCAUUAUAUGUAUACCAACAAGAUAAAUGGGACAUUUCUGUCUUAGAAAUGUGCUCUAUCCACUUUGUUGUGGGGUUGUAGAGGAUGAUGUGGAGAUAGUUCAAUUGUAACAGGGUGGUCCUGUGUGGUGUCUAAAGAGAUCUACAAACUGUUCAAUAAAGGACUGUCAAUUAAUCCAGCAUUUCAAAUGAGCUGUUUCUACACUGAACUAAAAUAUGAACGCAACAUGUAAAGUGUUGGUCCCAGGUUUCAUGAGCUGAAAUAAAAAAUCCCAGAUAUUUCUGUCUGUAAUAAAGCCUUUUUGUGGGUAAAAAACUAUUCUAAUUGGCUGGGCCUGGCUCUCCAGUGGGUGGGCCUAUGCCCUCCCAGACCUACCCAUGGCUGCGCCCCUGCCUCUCCAGUCAUGUGGAAUCCAUAGAUUAGGGCCUAAUGAAUUUAUUAUAUUAUGAACUGUAACUCAGUAAAAUGUUUGCAAAUUGUUGCAUAUUGCGUUUAUAUUUUUGUUCAGUAUAUUGUAAUGCCGAUAACAUCGGUCUUGUGGUUUAAUUUAUGCCCAUAUGAAGAAAAAAAUACUUUCUUUGAUUAGUUGGCCACAAUAUGGAGGAGGCGGGAGGCAAGUUUAGAUGCCAUGCAUUGUGAUCUAAAGCUGACGCAUAAUAAUGCCUUUCCAAUGUGGACCACGCCCGUUAUUAUGACUAACUGCUUAUUUCGAAAUUCGUUUUACCGUUUUAUUACAUUGUUACCUCUAUUGGUAAAGUAAUUUGACAUCAUAUUGUUUUGCGUUUGUAAUACGGGAAUUGAAAAGAGGACAGUUUCUUCGCAGAGUAAGUUCAUUUACUUUUCAGACAAAAGUUGAAACGCAGUCAACCUACAUAAAAAGUAUCUGAAGCUGACGGGUUCUUUAUAUACGUUAAUAUAGGCAGAUGCAUUUGAUUGAUUUAAUUGAUAUAGUAUUUCCCAUCAGGAGAAUUCUCUCUAUGAGGUGAUGCUCCAUUGAAGCCGAGAUGUCCUACAGCUAUCCCGCCAAAGUCAACGUGCCUCCGGGUUUGAGGACGCUUUUGGAAGGCCUCAGUCGGGCGGUAGUGAAAAGGCGGCCAGAUUACAUCUCACAGUUUGCUCAGUUGUACUUUGCUGAGCUCUUGCGCUUCAGGACAGAAAAUCCAACUCUUGCUAUCAAAGCCCUCGUGAGAGAAUUCAAUACAACUAAAGUGCCUAAGUUACCAAGUCAUGGCAUUGGAACUGUGAUUGCUCCACUGGCAGUUCAGAAUGAAAGUGCCACAGCAGUCUCUUCUGGUGGUCCAUAUGUCCAACCAUGUGGAGUUCACCCUCCGGUCGGGAUUUUCCCAACCCUUCCCAGUAUUCCAGGAGUGGAGGAGCAGGGAGCUGAGCAGCCCUGGAUCCACAGCCAGGACAUUCUGUACACUGUCUCAACAUUGCCUGUUCUAUCAGACUCAAUUGAAGCUUCAGAAGUAACUUCCCUAGCAAGCCAAUACCUCAAUGACAAUGGCCUUCAGAGCCUUCUGCAGACAGGUAUCUCUAACGUGUCCCCUCACCCCAUCUCAGCAGAGCAGACCGAUGAUGUAGUCGUCUUCCGCAGGAAAUCCAAUACCGACUGCAUGACGGCUGACUGUGACAUCAACUCUGCUGCUUCAGACCGGACCCGGCGAACCGAGUCAGCUCUCUUCGAGAGGGUCCCACUGAGUGAGAUCGAUCUCAUAUCCAAUGCUGUUCUGAUCAGGACACCUUCUGUGCCCUGUGAGUACAUGAUUGUGGUGCAGUCAGACAAUGUCCCAGAGACCAUAGUGUUUCAGAGAGACUCAUCAGUCAGUAAGAAAAUGAGGAAUGCUCGAGCAGCAGCUGGUGGUGCUGCCACUGGUGCACCGGGCAACGCCCAGUCUGACUGCACACCCUGUUUGACCCCGCCUAUAGCCCCAUCACAAAUGGUCAAAGAUCAGCCAGCCACCAAAUUGGUCACGCCGUUAGUGUUGACUGAGGACCCUCCACUUUUUGGUGGCGGAAAUAAGGCUGUCUUAACCCAACUUGGUUGGAAUACACUUUUACCUGGAGACAAUUCUUUCUACAAGCACAUGGACGUAAAUAAAGCAUUACCUGAUGCAAAUGCCUACAACCCCUACAUGAAUGAAAUGAUAGUGGAUCAAAUGAAUGGGGUGAACUUUGGUAUUUUACCCAAGGUGUCAGAUGAGAUGACAGGCUUCAAUGUUAUGGGCCCACCCACCUUCAUGCCACCAGGUGUUUCAGCAGCAGAAGAAAUAAGUGCUUCUAGUUUAGUGUAUCCUCCGAUUUCAGCUGGACAGGAGGCUAAUACACUCUGUUUGGUGCUCCCGACGAUUUCCAUUGCUCAAGAAAGUGGAGCACUCCCAUUGCUUAGCCCACCAUCUAUCUCAAAGCCACAAGCCAUUACAGUCCCCAGUGUGAUGUGCCCAGCCAUCUCACAACCAGAGGAAACAAAGACCUCCAAGGCAGAGGAAAUAGAGGCCCUCCGAUCAAUGUACCCUCCUAUUGUGCCACCCAGUUUACCAAACCCAUCUGUAUCAGCUCCACAGGAAACAACAGCCACUCUGCAUAAUCCCCCAUUUUUGUCACAGGAGGAAACAAGACCCCCUUCAUUGCCACUCACCCAGGCCACAGUUGCCCACAUGUAUCAGUGCACUGGUCAGAAUGCACUAGCAUUUCAUGUGAAUGAGGAGAGCAGAAGAACACCAUAUAUGAUUCCAUUGGUCUCCCAAAGCAUUAUGGGAGUGACACAGAUGUAUGUUCAACCACAACAACCCCAGUUCAUUAACAGCUGGUCCAGAGAAGCAGAUUCACAAAGGCCAUGUAACACAGCGCCUACUGCGGCCAUGCCAGAGUGCCAGUAUGUUAGACCUGAAGCAUGUGGUAGCAGCUGGAGACCUUGCCACCUGGCACGCCCUGAGUUUAUGGCCGGGAUGCCAACAGCUGUGGCUUGCCCAGGAGGAUCUAGGACUGUGAUUGGCUGUGGGCAAGAGCAAGGCUACCUCCCUGACCAGGCCAACUUGCCAAUGCACCAGGACUUUGGGCCCCGGUUCAGCUCCCAUCACAUACGUAUGUGUGGUGCCAACUUGUUUCAAACCCUCUGCCCCAUGAGUGGUGCCUACAUGCCAGUCAAACCCUCAGACCAUCGCUGCUGCCAGGCUGCCCCUGAUGUGGUCCUUCCACACUAUGCACUGAUCAACAGCCCAACUCACGGUGUUGCCUCUUAUCUUUGCCCUACUCCAUCAUCCAUGCAGCCCCAGGGUUUUGCCUAUGAUUCUGUCCACAUGUAUGGUCCCCACAGUGAAACUGUAAAUGCAAUGCCAUCCACCUUCAAUGUGAGGGCCCAUGCAGGCCACCAGCAAGGGACAACAGAACACUGCAGAGAGCCCAGUAAUAUGCCAAUGGGUGAACAUCCAAAUGAGCAGAAUUAUUCUGGUUAAUGACAGCACAUCGCCAGGAAUGAACAACUUAUUUAAUUUGUUCCUGAAAACAUACUGAACACCUUCAACAUUCUGCAAUAAACAUAGCUAUCUUAUGAAA